AUGGCGGUAAUGGCAAUGUUGUAUACGCCCGACACCACUGACACACUCGUCGACCGGAACCGAUUGGUGAGACUGACGCUCAUUCACGAUAUGGCCGAAUGUCUGGUCGGAGACAUCACUCCCUUCGAUGGCAUAUCCGUUGACGAGAAACACAAACUCGAAAACAAUGCCAUGAAUUACUUGGUGUCGUUAUUGCCGGCGAAGAGUAGCGAAGAAUUCAAGGAUCUGUUCGAUGAGUACGAGAGACAGGAGACACCCGAAGCCAAGAUUGUCAAAGAGUUUGAUCGCUUCGAUGUCAUGCUUCAGGCCUUUCAAUACGAACAGCUCGAGUACGAGACCAAAGGCCGUGUGAUUCGCUUCCAAGAGUUCUUCGACAACGCCGUCGGAAAGAUUGUGUCCAAACAAUUGGUUCAAAUGUGGGAUCAGUUGAAUGAAAAUAGAGCUCAAUUCUGGUCUAAAGUGCAAUCCAAUGGCGAACCAAAAUAAUUGAUACAUUAGUUUAAUGAUUAUUCUAGUAAUU